GUGCGGCUGCAUCUCGUGCCCGUGGUGCCCACACGGCAGCGGGGCGCCCCGCCGCAGCGCCGCCGCCAGCGAGGAACAUCUGAAGCGGCCACGGUCAUGGAACGCGCUGGGCAGCUCGCGGUUUUCUUCAUCCAUCAACAAUGAAAUGACAUCAGUAUCUGCACAGAGCACAGUGUCAAGAGGAUCUAAAAGCCUUAAAAUAACCGUUUCCUUUCAUUGUAUUGCCCUUUCCCGUCUGUGGGAGAAGAGCCAUGAAGAACCGUUCCUCAUCUCCCCCUUUGCACGUCCAUGUGGAUGAAAACACCCCUGUCCAUGUCCAUAUUAAAAAGGGUCAGAAAUCCACACCUGCAAAAUGCCAGCAAAAGCACAAACAUAAAAUGAAAGGGAAUACUGUGAACGUGCGCCGAGCAGUCCAGGUGAAAACAAAGGCCCCCUGGGUGCCCCCAGGAAAAACAUCAGUCCUUGAUUCCACCUGCAAAUGGGAGGGACCAACUCACCGCCUGGAAAUUACACCUCCAGAUUCAGAUAAAAUGAUACCAGUGUUGCGCCUGAGUGAUCUCUCUACAGAUGAGGAAGAUGCAGUUUGCUGCAAGAUGAAUGAAUACGAAAGGAGGAUAGAUAGCCUGAUGAAUGUGGUGGGAACGCUGAAGAAUGAGGCUAGGUUGCAGAAACAGCAGCAAAAGCAGCAAUUGACAAAACGUCUGCUUGAGCAGAAAGAAGAACUGAAUGAGGUCACGCAAGAGCUGGUAGAAACAGAACACGAGAACACGCUGCUCAGGCGCAAUAUUGAACGCAUAAGGGAGGAGAAGGAUCUGACUAUGCUUCAGAAGACCUACUUGCAGCAUGAGAAGGAGUGCCUGAUGUCUAAGCUGAGUGAGGCAGAGAGAGAUGGAGCAGCAGCCGCCAAAGAGAUUCGUGCCCUGAAAAGUACAAUAGAGAGACUCAACGUUGAGAAAAACAUGAGCAGCUCAGACGUCAACACGCUGACGAGACAGAAGGAGCUGCUGCUACAGAAACUGAGCACCUUUGAAGGAACCAAUCGUACGCUCCGGGAACUUCUCAGAGAACACCACGAGAGGGAGAAGGAUGCUCAGAAGAUACUGGACAAGCAAGGUGUGCUGUUGAAAAUGUUGGCUGACUCAGAUGAAGAGAAGUUGCAACUUCAGACGAGACUUCAGGAGAAAGAAAGUGAGGUCAACAGUCUUUCUAUCCAGAUACAGAAAGAAAAGGAUCAGGCAAGGACUGCAAGUGAGCUCUCAAAAUCUUUGGAAUCAAUGAAAGGCCAUUUACAAGCACAGCUACGACAGAAGGAAGCUGAGAACAACCGUCUGACAGUGCAGGUCCAGAAUCUGGAGCACAGUGAAGCUCAGCGUAAGGCAGAGUUGGAACGUGUCAAGGAAGAACUGAAAGAACUAAGGCAGAAGGCAGACCGUGAUAAAGAUGCCCUGAAGAAAGCCCUCCGUGCACAGAAGGAGCGGGCAGAGCGGUGCGAGGAGUGUGCGGGGCAGUUGGCUGUACAGCUGGCAGAGAAGGACAGUUACGUUGCAGAAGCACUUUCUACUCUGGAGUCUUGGAGGAGUCGCUACAACAAAGUAGUGAAGGAUAAGAGCGACCUUGAAAUGGAGAUGGUUACAGUGAACAGCCGUGUUGCAGAUUUGCUAGAAGAGCAGGCAACCAUGGAGGACAGGAUGCGAGAGGACAGAGAUGCCUUGAUUGAUAAAUUGCAUCAACAAACUACAGAGAACACUUCUUUCAGAGAAGAGAAUGAAAGACUGAAGGCAAGUUUGGCCCCAAUGGAGGAGAAGCUGAACGAAGCGCAUCUGGAAGUAGAGCAGCUCAAGAGCUCUGUCAAGAAUUAUGAAGAGUUGGUUGAAACCUACAAGUCACAGGUGUUGGAGACCCGCAUGGAAGCAGAUGAUGUGGCAGCAAAACUGGAGAAGUGUGAUAAAGAGAAGGAGGAACUUAAGGAUGAAAUGAACAAGGAGAUCGAACUGGCUCGCCAGCAGUUCCAGAGCCAGCUUUCUGAGUUGGAAAAGCUGCCUGAGAUCCUGAAGAUCACAGAGACACAGUUGGCAGAAUGUCAGGACCAGCUUCAGAAUUAUGAGAAGAAGAACAUGGACCUGUCUGUCAUGAUCGCGGAUCUUCGUCAGCGGAUUGAGCUCCAGGGGGACAAAAUGGAGAUAACAAGAGAGAGGUAUCUGUCUGCCCAGGAGGAGAAAAAGCAGCUCACCUUGAAGGUGGAGGAGCUAGAAAGAAAACUAGAAACAACAAGCGCCCAGAACAUGGAGUUCCUGCAGGUCAUAGCAAAGCGUGAGGAGUCCAUCCAUCAGUGCCAGCUGCGGUUAGAAGAGAAGACCCGGGAGUGCAGCUCUGUGGCUCGUCAGCUGGAAAUGGCCAUUGAAGAUGCCAAACGACAGGUCGAACAAACUCGAGAACGAGCAACAUCCAGAGAGAGGGCAGCCCAGUCCAAGGUGCUGGAUUUGGAGACACAGCUGAGUAGGACAAAGACAGAGCUGAGCCAGCUGCGGCGGAACAAAGACGAUGCAGAGCGCCGCUACGAGAGCCGCCUGCAGGACCUGAAGGACCGGCUGGAGCAGUCGGAGAGCACAAACCGCAGCAUGCAGAACUACGUCCAGUUCCUCAAAUCUUCCUAUGCCAACGUGUUUGCUGACAGUGCCUUGCUGGGCUCUCCCAGCCGCUCUCGUUCUUCUCCAUGAGGUCAGCGCUUGCUCUGCACCUCUGCUUUGAAGCACAAAAUGAGCACUGUGUCAAAGCCAUGCGUAGUGUAGAAGAUGGGCUGAGAAUGGAGAAAUUUCAGGGUCACUGAAGGGAGGAGGUGAUGGGAUGGUGACGGCAUGCAGUCUGAGCAUGCAGAGCAUUAGCAGCGCUGGUCUGGUGAUGGAUGGUGAUGGAGGUUGGUGUCAUUCUGUAAGCUGUGCCCAAAACCAGAUGGUUUUGCAUACAGUGGUAAAGGCCCUUUUCAUCCUCUGAGCUCUGGCUGGUUUCAGCCCUUUCAGCCCAGCAGUGCUUUUAGUUGUGUUCAUGUUUGUCAGAGCUGUUUUCCCACACUUCAUUUUUUUCCUUCCCCCUGUUCUGUGUCCUGGGGUUGAUCAUGUUCUAUUUCUGCUUCUUGUUAUUACAUGGAUGGGAUGGUGGAAGCCCACCCACCCCUCAGGGGGGCGAGAAGCUGAAAAUAGGGGCCAUGCUGGGGCUUUAUGCUUACAAGAGGUUCUUCUGAAGCACUGCAGUGUUUGCAAACAGUUUUAUAGCAGAAAUGAUGAUUUAUGUUUGUUUGUUACAUUGACUCGUGUUGUACUCAGUGAUCUUUGCUUUAUUUAGUGUGUUCUCAAUUUGCUUUACCCCACACCCCAACCCUGACCCUCCUGAGCCCAAACAGCCCCAGGACUGUGCCCAGACCAGCUGUAUUCAAAGGGCAGGUUGCAGCUCAACCUCAGCCGGGUCUCACUGUGUGAAUUCAGUGUGUGCAUGAAGCGCUGAUCAGCUGGCAGCCCAUUGCACUGAUCAGCUGGCAGCCCAUUGCACUGAUCAGCUGCUGCUCAGUGCCUCCAUCAAACCAACCUGUGAUGCUCUGUGCUCUGUGCCCUGUUCUGCUCCUCCCUGCGGCUGGUUCCUGGUGGGGAUUAAAGCCAACGUUGCUUUUGUUUUUAACCCUACUCUAUCCUACGGCUGUGCACGGGGGGGUGUUGUUUGUCAUAAAGCUUUUCUGAGAUAAUCGUUAUUUGAGAACGCGGUUAUUUGGUGUGUCACUUUUUAAAAGGAAAUCCUAAAGGUGCUAUGGAGAAAACGAUAUAAUAAAUUGUGAUUGAUGAUA